GGAGUCUGCGCUCGGGUUCGGGCUGCGGCUGCGGCUGCGGCUGCGGCUGCUGCUGCUACAGCUACACUUCUAGCUUAAGGGAAGGAGGCCGAGGCCUGGGCCAAGCCCGGAGCGGCCGCUCGCCGGAGCCUCCUGGAGCCUCCGCGCCGGCUCAGCCUGGGGGCGGGCUCCGGUCCGGCCCGCCGCCGCACCCAGGACGGAGGCUGCAUGCCCGAGGACCAGGCCGGCGCAGCCAUGGAGGAGGCAUCUCCUUAUUCCCUACUUGAUAUCUGCUUGAAUUUCUUGACUACUCACCUUGAGAAGUUCUGUUCAGCCAGACAAGAUGGAACAUUGUGUCUGCAGGAACCUGGAGUAUUCCCACAGGAGGUGGCUGAUCGACUGCUUCGGACCAUGGCUUUUCAUGGUCUACUGAAUGAUGGAACUGUGGGUAUUUUUAGGGGCAACCAGAUGCGCUUAAAGCGAGCCUGCAUUCGCAAAGCAAAGAUUUCUGCUGUUGCUUUCCGGAAAGCCUUCUGCCAUCACAAGUUAGUGGAACUUGAUGCCACAGGUGUGAAUGCUGAUAUCACGAUUACAGACAUUAUCAGUGGACUUGGCAGUAACAAAUGGAUCCAGCAGAAUCUCCAGUGCCUGGUGCUGAAUUCAUUAACUCUCUCCCUCGAGGAUCCUUACGAGCGGUGCUUUAGCCGGCUUUCUGGCCUUCGAGCUUUAAGCAUCACCAAUGUUCUCUUUUACAAUGAAGACCUGGCUGAAGUUGCCUCGUUGCCAAGAUUAGAGAGCUUGGAUAUUUCUAACACCUCGAUCACAGACAUCACUGCUCUACUGGCCUGCAAAGACCGACUCAAGUCUCUAACCAUGCACCACUUGAAAUGUUUAAAAAUGACAACCACCCAGAUACUGGAUGUAGUUCGGGAACUCAAACAUCUGAAUCAUCUUGAUAUCUCAGAUGAUAAACAGUUUACAUCAGACAUAGCUCUUCGCUUACUGGAACAAAAAGACAUCCUACCCAACCUUGUUUCUCUGGAUGUUUCUGGGAGAAAGCACGUGACAGAUAAAGCUGUUGAAGCCUUUAUACAACAACGUCCAAGCAUGCAGUUUGUAGGUUUGCUGGCUACUGAUGCUGGUUACUCUGAAUUCCUCACAGGCGAAGGACAUUUGAAGGUGUCUGGAGAAGCCAAUGAAACUCAGAUUGCAGAAGCACUGAAGCGUUACAGUGAACGGGCAUUCUUUGUUCGGGAAGCUCUAUUUCAUCUUUUUAGUCUGACUCAUGUGAUGGAAAAAACAAAGCCAGAAAUUUUAAAGCUUGUGGUUACUGGGAUGAGAAACCACCCUAUGAAUUUGCCAGUGCAACUGGCUGCAAGCGCCUGUGUAUUUAACUUAACCAAGCAGGAUCUUGCUGCAGGAAUGCCUGUCCGACUCCUGGCUGAUGUGACCCAUUUGCUACUCAAAGCCAUGGAACAUUUUCCCAAUCACCAGCAGUUACAGAAGAAUUGCCUCCUUUCACUUUGCAGUGACCGGAUCCUUCAAGAUGUUCCAUUUAACAGCUUCUACAGAACAAAACUGCGACAGCUUGGUCUGAGCUGCUUCAUUGUCAGAAAUAAAAAAAAAAUUCUGUGUUGUUUUUUUUUUCAGCAACUUCUUCAAAUAGUGAAGCAGAAAAAAAAACAAAAUUCAGUGGACACUACGUUGAAAUUUACUUUGAGCGCACUUUGGAACCUCACAGAUGAAUCCCCGACCACUUGUAGACACUUUAUUGAAAACCAAGGGUUAGAGCUCUUCAUGAGGGUUCUAGAGUCUUUCCCAACUGAGUCAUCCAUUCAGCAGAAAGUUAAAAAAAAAUUGAACAAUAUAGCUGAAGUACAAGAAUUGCAUUCUGAAUUAAUGUGGAAAGAUUUUAUAGACCACAUCAGUAGUCUUCUACACAGUGUGGAAGUGGAAGUCAGUUACUUUGCAGCUGGAAUUAUUGCCCAUUUAAUAUCCAGAGGUGAACAAGCUUGGACAUUGAGUCGUAGCCAGAGGAAUUCUCUGCUGGAUGAUUUGCAUUCAGCUAUUUUGAAAUGGCCAACUCCAGAGUGCGAGAUGGUAGCAUACAGGUCCUUUAAUCCAUUUUUCCCAUUACUUGGAUGUUUCACAACACCAGGAGUCCAGCUAUGGGCAGUUUGGGCCAUGCAGCAUGUCUGCAGCAAGAAUCCUUCAAGGUAUUGCAGCAUGCUGAUUGAAGAAGGAGGACUGCAGCAUUUAUACAACAUCAAAGAUCAUGAACAUACUGAUCCCCAUGUCCAACAGAUUGCUGUGGCCAUUCUGGAUAGCUUAGAAAAACACAUUGUGCGCCAUGGGAGGCCACCUCCCUGUAAAAAACAGCCCCAAGCCAGACUAAAUUGAUAGCCAUAAGUAUUGGAUAAUUGAAUUACAGGAAUCCUUUUUGUGAUUGGUCCAUUUGGAAUAUCUUACCCUCCGUGAUGUUUUGGGGGUUUCUAUGACCGGAGUCAUAAAAUCAGUUUGGGAUUGGUAAUGUAUAGUACUGCCCAUGUGAACAGUCCCUAAUUUGUCUUGUGAUUUUUAACUUAUGAGUCAAGAAGGGUCUCUUCCUUUAUCAUUGCCUUUUAGGAAAUUUUCCACAUCUUUCAGUGUUUGAACUUACUUGUGCUUGAGAUUCUACAGUUUUAUGGUAAAGUUUGCACGAACCCUUAGGCCAGACUUUUCGAGUCCCUUCCAGUCAAUUUGCAGCUUCACAUAAGCUGUUGACCUGAUUUCUGACACUGCUUCAGUUGUAAAUUUUAUACUGCUUCUGUAUAAAAUGGCUUUCUUCUCUAUCUGUGUAUCUUUUAUAAGAUGUCCUUCUUAGUGUGAAAGAAGGGAAAUGUGGAUCAUCUUGUGGAAGCUAAUCACUGGCAGGAGCCUGGAUGGCUGGCGGAAAGAUGUAUGAGAAAGAAAAACUAUGAAAGGAGAACAGAGUGUAGGAACUGGGAAUUGCUUUCAUGGUGUAGAUUUUAAAAUGAGACAGGCUACCCUUCAGGAGUCUAUGUCUCUUGAGGCGGUGAGCAGAAGCUUGUUCUCCGUAUUUAUACCUAGAAGCGUGGACUGCUGCUUCCUGCACAGACUGCUGGUUAUUCUCUAGGAAUAUUUCCCCAAGCACCACAGUAUAAAAUAUUACAGCACUCUGUGUUAAAGACUGUCUACAUCUCCCUAUGUUGUAUUGUUGUGAAAAUGUGAUUUUAAAAAAUUAUCACCAGUCAAAACUGGCUAUUCUUUUCCUCUAUUUCAAAAUCAUUUUUGUUCAGUGGAAUAGAGACAACAACAUGGUGUUAACCUCUCAGUUAAAAUACAAUUGACACCAGUAAAUUUUGCCAUGAAAAGUUAAAAUCUCUUGUUCAAAAUAUGUCUGUCUUCUUAAUGUGUUCAUGUUGGAGAAAGUGUCCCCGUCUGCCAAAAAUGAAAGAAAAGAAUUAAACUCUUUAAGUGGUUAAAUGUAAUGACUCUACUCACAGUGCAUAACAGCACAUAUUUUUGAUGGAUUAUUUUUUAGACAAUUACCUUUCCUUAAGGUAUCUGAUACAGUAUAGUAAAGAAUCACUUAUAUCAGUAAUAGCACUUGGGAGAUAGCAAGUCACCAAGAAACUUAAUUUUCAUUUAAAAUUUUAUUUUGUGAAUAAGGUCAAUCUACUACAAUCGCAGAUAACCACAUUUUUUUUCAUAGAUGGCCAGUGUUUUCAAUAGGUAUUUAAAAUGGAAUAUUUAAAUUAUAAUGAUUAUUCAGAAGCAUUUUAAUUUAGAAAGGAGCUAGUUUGUUAGUUCACUGAUGACAUUUUUUGACAAACAUUUUAUACCAUUAUCACAAUAAUCAGACUUGAAUUUUUUUUGAGUUUCUUCAUGUGAAUGAAAAUUGAGUUAGAAGAAAGUAGGUAUUUAGGUCCAAAUGCAGUGGCUCAUGCUUGUAAUCCCAGCACUUUGGGAGGCUGAAGCAGGAGGAUUGCUUGAGCCCAGAAGUUCAAGACCAGCCUGGGCAACAUAGUGAGACUUGAUCUCUACCUAAAAAAAAAAAAUUUUUUUUUUUUUUAAAUUAGCUGGGUGUGGUGGCGCCUGGGCAACAGAGCAAGACUCUGACUCAAAAAAGAAAGUAGAUAUUUAGAGUCACUGAAAACCAUAUUAAAUACUGGGUUAAUGCUGACUUAAUUGGCUUAAGGAAUUUUUAUAGGUAUAAGAUAAAUUUUCACAGACUAAGUUUAUUUCAGACGAAAUACAGAAUUCUUUUAAAAGGUUUUUUUUUUCCUUUUCUGAAUGUUAAUGUCUAAGACAAAGUUAAGAAAAUGAGAUGGCCUGUGGUAGCUUAGAAAUUGCUAGAUAUGUUGACCAUUUCCAGGUCUUUUAUCUAGUGUAGUUAAGGGAAAGCCUGUUUAAGAAGUUUGGCUUCAAGUUUCUGUUCUAUGCUGUUAAAAGACAAAAGUGCAUAUUUCUUUACAGGCUAAUGCUAGGUUUUUGUCUCUACAAACUUUUUUUCAGAAAUGGCUAAAAGUGUACAGAAAACAGUAAAUCUCUUCUUUACUCAGAAUAACUUCUUAAUAGAUGAAGCAUCCAAAAUAUUUAAAAGCAAGGGUGGGCGUAGUGGCUCUUGCCUGUAAUCCCAGCAUUUUGGGAGGCCAAGGCGGGUGGAUCACUUGAGAUCAGGAGUUCGAGACCAGCCUGGCCAACGUGGUGAAACCCUGUCUCUGUUAAAAACACAAAAAUUAGCUGGGCGUGGUGGCUUUGUGUGCCUAUAGUCCCAGCUACUCAGGAGGCUGAGGCACGAGAAUCACUUGAACCCAGGAGGUGGAGGUUGCAGUGAGCUAAGAUUUUAAGAGACUAAGAUUUUAGGAGCCUUUCCUACUUUUUUUCUUUUCGUAGAGACAGAGUCUCACUCUGUCUGUCGCCUAGGCUGGAGUGCAGUGGCACGAUCUUAGCUCACCGCAGCUUCUUGGGCUUAUGUGAUCCUACCUCCUCAGCCUCUGGAGUAGCUGGAACUACAGGCUAAAUUUCCUACUUUGUAAACAUCAGUAGUGGCCAGAUAUUUCUGAGUCUUAAAAGCAAAAUAAUUUCUUACAUCCCAAAUAUAUAAAAAUUUGAGUGCCUUCGCAGUUGAGAUGGUUCCUAAAAUUGUGUAUAGAAUUAAGGCACAGAAUUGUCUGUAAGGUCCUGAAUCUGGCUAAAAUACAGUGGAUGUAUAUAUUGGAAUUAUGAGGCAUAAGUGGCCAGUAUCUAUAGUUAGAAUCUACAAGGCCUCCCUUUUGCUCCUGUAGACCAGAAUGUAACUGUUAUUGGUGCCUUUGAGUGUUAUCUCUCAGUGGCUUAGAGGUGCUAUUUCAAGCACAAUUUAGACUAGGGUUGAACCACUCAUUGUUCAAAUCAUUGGUGGGCUCCAAUGUAAAAUAUCACUACAUCAGUCCACAAGUAACAGUAAGGAAAUCUACUAAAGGAAAUGGAAUUUGACUUUUUAGAGUAUAGUGAUGUUCUAGGGCAUAAUGAGGAAAAUUUUUAAAAAAUAGAUUAUAAUAAUACAUAUUGGUAUCAUUGAGUAAAACAACAGAUUUGAGCAAAUACAAUUAAGGCAUUUUAUUUUUUGCAUCAAGUAAUUAUUGCUGUGGUCUUUCUACUCCACAAAAUAAUUUUUUCUUUUUGCAGUUGAAAAUUAACUGCAUUAUUAACUAAUUAAUAAAAUAAAUCAAGUGGUAUAAGGGAUUAGUUUACCCUCAAGCCAAUGACUCCGUGGCUACUGAUCUUAGUUAGUUUAGGAUUUUAAAAAAUCAUAUCAGACCCCCAGUGUCAGAAAUUGACUAUAAAUAUUGCCUCUUGUCACCCCAGGAUAGUAAUGCCUUAUAGUGGCACUAGUCACCUUAAGUAGAUUACAAAUGGUGGAGGUGAAUAAAGCUGCAUGGGAAUUUGCUUUCAUGAUAUGUUUCAUUUGCAAACUUCCACAUAGUCAGGUUUUAUGUUUAAAACCAUCAGUUCUAUAUAUCUAGCUUUAAGAAGUUGCCCUUACAGGUGGAACCUUUUGUGUUAACCUGUUUUCUCCCCAGUCAUCUUAUUUGGCUGUGUUAAAAAAAUAAAUAGAGAGAUGGUGUCUCACUGUGUUGCCCAGGCUGGUCUUGAACUCCUGGCCUCAAGUGAUUUUCCCACCUCAGCUUCCCAAAGUGCUGGGAUUACAGGCAUGAGCCAUGGCGCCUGGUCUUAGCUGUGUUUUUAAUUAUGCCAUGCAUCAACAUAACAUCGGGCCAUCUUCCUAUCCCUUUUGAGCACAUUUUAGUGAAAACAUAUUUUAUGUGCUAAAUUAGGUUAAUUUACCGGAGAUUUAGCUUAGUGUUUUUAAAUGCAUUACCCCCAAAGAACAAUGUACAGCAGCACCCAGGGUUGAAAAGAGGUAGCAGGGAAAACAAACUUAUACUCUUCGUACAUGGUGAAACCCAUCCCUCUCCUGCCCUCUAAUGGUAUGUUUACAUUAUUUGGUUAUUAUACAACGUUUAUAGUGGUAUAAACAGUAUUAUUAAACUGAAGGCAUAAGUUAAAGGAAGUAUGUUACUUUGAGCUGAUGUAGGCUCUUCCACUUUUAUCUGUAUUUUACUUAUUUGGGGACUUUGUAUUGCUAGGGCUUCAGAAUACUAACUUUGACACAGCUCCCAGAGAGGUUUGCAAACUUUUGGUUUCCCUUUCAAAUCCAUGGUAGCAGUUUCAGAUGAGUUUGUGGAUAAUGGAUGUUUAGUCCUUAUCAUUUGCUGUGUAUUGGCAGUUUUUAAUUUGCAGUAUUCACUCACGAACUGUUUUAUUUUGGAAUAAUGCAAAACCAACCUUUGUCCGGUGAUGAGAAUAGCCGUAUGAUAAGAAAAUUUGCUCAUUGUGCUUUAAAUGAGUAAUUGUUUUACCUUACUUAGUAUUUCAUACACUUUGCAUGACAUGGUACACUCCUAAUUAUGCAUUCUUUGGUUUCCAAAUCUUAACCUAAGAUACUUUGUUAACUGACUGGUAGCCUAAGAAAGAGACUUUUCUUCCUGUUUUUCUCUCUCCCCGUUUUUUGGGGUACAUUUUGCAAAGAUCAGCGCUGCUUUUCAUGACUCUAAAGCUCUUUUGGAUAGCACAGUAUAACUUUACAGCUAGACAGAAUGGCUAUUAAGAAUAUUUCCAGAAUCCAAAUUUGUCAAAAUUAUUUUGUGGGAAAUCAUAAAUCUACUUGAUUAAUAUUAUGUGCUUAAUUGUGGACUUAUUUUGGGAAAAACUGUUCAAAUUGGGUCCUUUUAAGCUUAUUUUAAGCAGCCUGGAAGGAAGAAGCUACUUAGCUAAUGAAAGCUGAGACACUUUAAUAAAGCAGGAUCUUAAGAGCAUUGUUUUUCCUUAAAAACUUUAUACUCUCAGAUUAUCUGCAACAAUAAAAAUUAAGAAAUUCCUAACUUCUGUAGAAUUCCCACUGUCAAAUUCUCUCUGACUUAUGAGUGUGAGAAAAGUUAUCUUUUGUUUGAAUUCUGAUAGAACAGUUUAACUCCUUUCUAAGGAUAUAAAAAAUUCAUUGGAAAGUGUGUAUAUUUCAAAGACUCUCAAUUAUCUGGACUGAAGGCACUGUUUUCACUAUGGCCAGAUGAAUGGGAGUAUUCUGUACAAUGAAUCAUGCUAUAUUUUAAAUCAGGACAUCACUUAAUUAUUAAUGUUAUGUGUACAGAUUUUCGUUUUGGGAUUUUUUUUUUUUUUGCCUAAAUAAAUGUUAUAAAUUUUAUGUAAA